UAAAGAGCUGCUGCCCAAGCCACACAACACUGAGUACCCUGGCACAGACGCCCCACCAUGCAACACCAUGGGCCCGCCUCACUUCUGCUGCCCCUGCUCCUGGCUCUGCUAUUGGGGGCAGCACCUGCUGCUCCCUCGGUGCCCAGACCCUCCAAGGAGGAGCUGACCCGCUGUCUGGCAGAGGUGGUCACAGAGGCGCUGACACUGGGACAGGCCCAGAGAGGCCCCUGCAUGGCUCUCCUCCACAAAGAGAUGUGUGAGACAGAGCCCUACAGCUGUGCGUCCACCAAGGAGAAAGGCCUACUGCUUGGAGAUUUCCAGAAGCGAGAGCCCGGGAAGGCAAGGUCCAGCUAAGAGGUGAGGGAGGAGGAAGAGGAAGAGGCAGCAGAGAGAACCCACAUGUCCGAGGUGUGGGAGCAGGCCACCCACGAGCAACCCCACAGCCGACACCGCCAGGAGGAGGAGGCAAAGAAGAAGAGGGCGCCUGUGGAUAUCUUUGAGGGCCUGUGGAAGUGGCAUCUGGAGGGGGGAAGGGGGCCCCAGAAGCGAGUGGCAGAGCAGGCCAGUGAUGAGAUGGCCCAGUUUGAGGUGAAGGGCGUGCAGGUGCUCGGCAAGGGCCACAGCCUGUGGCAGGGGGCCGAGGCAGGUCGGGGAGAGAGGCACAAGGACUCCCCGCACCACCAGCAUCCCCAGCAGCCGGAAGCUGAGCCCAAGCAGGAGGAGAAGGAAGAGGCCUCGGAGAGGGAGGGGAGUGGGAGAGGCCGCAGGGGAGUGGGGCAGUCCAGAUGUCAGUGGGAUUCUACCAAACAACUACCAGUGUUGGGCAAUAAACAGCAAGACCCACCACAGCUGGGUCAGGGUGACCAGGACUGACACCAGGACAGGUAGCAACAUCUAAGCAAAGCCUCCACUUGACCAAGACAGCUUCCACAGUGAGAGGACGGGGGCCCAGAUGGCCACCACUGCUGCAUAGGCGUGUCUGGGUCAGCCACUGCUGCAGUUCACACCGAGCAAAGUGGCUAUGUGGAGCAUGAUCUGGAGCGGCUGGAGCACAUGAGAGAGGAGCUGAAGAAGGCCACGGAAAUACUGGAGGAGGAGAUUCGAAGGGAGGGCUGAGUCCUGACCUCCUGUCCUUCCUGACACACCCAGAGCUCAGAACUGCUGCCCCCAAAGCCCCCUAGCACCCCGCUCCACUCCCACGCUGCAGGGGUCGGGAGAAGGGAACCAGGCCUGAGGGGCCAAGCCCGAGCUGGGUACAGAGGCUGGGCUCGGCCUGACCCAGGAAACACCGACAGACUCAUGCAGCCCACCCCAACCCUUCCGAGUGAAUAAAGCAGAAAGAAAACCA